GGGACUUGCAUUUCUGGGAAAAGAAUCGAGCCGGGGGUCACAAUGGAGCUAGUUCCAGGCGACACGCUGAAGCUCGGGGAGUCAAGUAGAUUGUACAGACUUGACUGGGUUCCGAUCAGCUUUGCUUAUGAGGAUGAGAAUCAUCUGUCUCGUGGCUGGGAUCUGAGUGACGAAAUAGAAGCUAUAAGGUGGCAAUUCUCUGAGGAGGAUCUAGGUUUGUCCGUGCAAGAAACGGCUGCAGAGGUAGACAACACUCACUCACCUGAAAUGUUCAACGCUGAAAAUGAAGUCUGAGAUGUUCAAUGAUGAAAAUGAAGCAUCUAAAACGUUCAAUGAUGAGAAUGAAAUCUCCGGUAGUCAGCUGUUUUCGUUGGGUGCAUCAUUUUCUGGUGAUGAUGAAGCAGAAGAGGAUAAUGAAGGGAAUGAUCUAGGUGAAACUAUGGAGGAUCGGCCGUUAUCUGACGAGGCAACAACGCCUCCAUGUCCAGAAGAUGAAGUGGAGAUUGUCAGUCCGUCUGAGAUAUGCAACGAUGAAAAUGAAUUCUACAGCAGUCAGCAAGGCCGCAUUCCAUUGACGGAAAUCGUGGAGGCUUCUGAGAUCAACUUGGAGAAAAGGUUAGGUAUGAACAUUUGGUCGAGGAGGGGUAAAUCCGAAGGCGUCAAGAUCAGAACCAGCAGAAGCAAGGCGGCCUGCACGAGCAUUCAUAUGAGCGUGCAGGUCAUAUCACUUCUCGAUGCAGAUCGUGUGAAUAAACCAAUGGUGAAAGAUCAAUGUGGUUCUAGUCAGGAUAAGGAUGAAGAGAACUUCACCCCGAAGAAGGAGAACGCCUCCCCCGAUUCCUGUCUAGUUAGGUCCUUGGGAGAGAAGUUCGACCAGGCUUUGCAGAGCGAAUCAGUCUCAGACAAUGAAAGUUUCACUUCAGACAAGGAGAACAUGACUCCGAACAGCCAUCUGCUUAAGUCCAUCAAGAAUGCCGGGAGCUCUCAAGAAGUUAGGCGUCCGAACUUGCAUAAACCUUCACCCUUGAAGAUAGAUAGUUGUGGCAUUCUACAGGAACUUAAAUCAGCUUCCAAAAGCCAUUGUGUUUACAAGGCAGCAGAAAGGGAACCUUUUCUUCCGCUGCCUGUGGUUUCCAGCGGUAAUGAUAAGUCCACACCGACACCUCCAGUUCGUGAAUGCACGAAGAGAGAAGGAAGAUGUGUCGAUUACUCCAAGACGAGUGGGAAAAGGUGGAUUAUUUUAGUAGACACUGGUUGUCUUCUGAACAAGAAGUCGAGGAGAGAGCUGCAGCUGUUGAGAGGUCUCCGAGGGACUCCGUUGGUCAUUCCAAGAAUCGGUUUGAGGGAGCUCGACUGCAUGGUGAGGUGCGCUAGUUUCCUGUCAAGAAUGACGGAGUCUUCUUCUGCGCUGCAAUGGAUCGAAAAAUGUAUGGCUUCUACAACGUGUUGGAUUCACGUGCAGAGCUCAGCAGAGGAGAGCAGGCUCGUCCCACCAACUCCGCCUGCUGCUGCCUCUGCGCGCUGGUUAAGCGAGGAGAAAGGCACAUUCCCUGUCGGCUCAGUCCCCUUAUCUCCCUAUACUCUGCAAGAAAUUGUCACUCCAACCGCUGCAGACCACAUCCUCGAAUCUGCUCUCUUCUUCAAGCAAGCCAUGGACGGGAAACUUGUCCUUCUCAGUGAUGAUGUCACUUUAAAGAUCAAAGCUAUGGCCGAGGGUGUCAUCUGCGAGACAGCAAGAGAGUUUCGCACGAGUCUUGUCAACCCUUUCUCAGCGAGGUUCUUGUAUUCCGACAGCUCUCCAAGAGGGCCUACUUGGACUUGUGUGGAUGAUACAGUCCUUAAGGAGAAAUACUACCCCAGCCCCACGAAGAAGGCCACAAGAUCGGGAGACGGUGCUAAAGGUUUGAAGCUGAUACUGCUGCACAACUCCAAUUUCAGACAGAUGAGAGCUUAGGCUGUUGAGAAUUUGUGCCCCAAAUUUGAGUGCUUCCCAAUUGCUCAAUGUAUGUUACUACUUACUAUAUUUUGGCAAUAGAUAUAAUCAAAUGGAAGUUUUACUU